GAACAAGUUUGUUUUUUUCCUUAUUAUCAAGCUUAUCAGAAACCAAAUUUUGUGUAUCUUUGACAUUUCUUUAUUGACAUAUUCUUUUUAUGAUGAGCUUCAAUAUAUAUACGUCUAAUUUUAUAGUUUUACUUUCUAAUUGUCAUAAUGUAAACUUUAUUCUUGUUGUCUCUAUGAAUAUUUACAAUAUCACAGGACAAUGGAGAAUAUAGAAAAGUGUGCAUAUGGGGGUAACAGUACUGGAUACUUUCAAGUCACUUCAACACUAGAUCGACAAUCGCCACAUUACUCUCGUUCUCAAGGAGUACACGCUCUCGGAAACCCCUAUGUUUUUGGUUGUCUUGGAGAUCCGACUAAUCAACAAUUCAUGAAUGCCAAUGUUGGUGGAACUCCUAUUGGGUUCCCACCCAUAAAUUUGAGCCAACAAAUCAUAAGAUCACAAAGCUCUCAGAAUAAUGUUUCACAAAAUUCAAUUUCAAGUCUUGAGGUUAAUUCUCCUUCAAAAGAUGGAAAGCAUACGAAUGAAGGGAAGAAACGAAAGUCAACCGGGAACAAAGAAGCUCUGACAGGAGGGAAAAAAGGAACUAGUAACAAAAAAUGGAAACCUCCACACAUUGAGGCAUUAAUUUCUUGCUUGGUGGAACUUGCUAAUAAUGGUUAUAAAGUGUAUAAGACAUUUAAAGCCCCUGCUUUCAAAAAGGCUGUUGAGCAUGUGAAUUCCAUCUUUGGUGAAAAUUAUACUACAUACAAUGUCGAGAACCACUUACGAACCCUCAAAGAUAAGUGGAAACUUAUUUGUGAAGCAAAAAAACUUAGUGGAGCCGGAUGGGAUGAAGAGAGUAAGAUGAUUACACUUGAUACCAUGACAUAUGCUGAGCUUAUCGAGAGACAUCCAAAGUACAAGCCUUAUUUGAAUUGUCCAAUUCCAAGAUAUGAAGAGCUUCGCAUUAUUUGUGGGGAGGAUCAUGCUACUGGAGAAUUCAGAGAGACAAGUUAUGACCCUGACAUUGAUAAAGAGAUUCCAACUAUCAAUAUCGACGAAGAUGAUCUUGUAGAUAGUCCUGGUAUGGAUGGAGUUCGUGUAUCACAAUUCAACGGAAUGGAGCCUUCGAGCAUUUUUAUCAAGCCAGGAACUGUAAGUGGUAAAUCGUCUCGUCCAGUAAAGAAGAAGAAAAGGGAGGACUCCCAUAUAAUUAUUGGUGAGAAACUUGUGGAGGAAAUGGGAAAGGUAGCUACUGCCAUUGUUGGUUUGAAGGAGCGAACUUGGGUUGAGGUUCUUGCUGAUAAGGUUUUUGGUUUUCAAGAUAUUUCCAUAGAUAAUCUUGAACUGGUUUUCAAUGAAUAUUACAAGAAUGAAGUUGAAGCGAAGGCUUUUAUGGUGUUGCCCGAACCAAUACAGAGAAGGAGGAUUCUUAACGUGUUGGAGAGGAUAGUAUGUCCAUACCAGCAAAGUGAUGACCUUGGUGUUCUUGUGAUCUUUAAUGUUCAGUGCUUGCCUCGUGUCUCUAGAGUUUAUUCAUUCAUUAUUCAUGGUGAAGCCAUAGUUCUUUUUGCUUAUGUGUUAGAUAUGACAAAUUAUAUUGGCACCAAAUGA